AUUGCGCACAAAACCUGUCACAUCUGCAGCUCCGGAUUUUUAAAAACUCUUAAUAUCUAUAACUCAGCAGUCUUGGUUAUACUUUUAAAAUGUCAGCCGGAUAGAGCUUUUGAAAUAUGAUAGCUGUCAUCUAACCAUUGGUCAUGGAUGUCCACAUGAAGACCAGUACCAGGCUACAGUUUGGGACAAAUGAGGCAACAGGUCACAACCCUGGAAAUGAUGAGCUGAAGUUCUUGAGCCAAGAGGAACAGGAAAUCCUCCACUUCUUUGAGAAGACCAUCGAUUCCCUGGAGCAGAGUCUGGAGGAAGACGAGCUGAGGCCCCAAAUGCAAGCCUUCAACAAUUCAGUAGUAGAUGGUGCCUCCAAAUCAGGGCCUAAUUGCCGUUCCAACCCAAAAGACCAGGAUAUUAUAGACUUGGUUCGGCCAAAACCAGACCUAGUGGAGACCAAAAACACAGCCUUCACCCCCACUAAUCCAGAUUUCCAAAGUCUGGUUCUAUCCCCAGAGAGCCACUUUGAGGUGAAACCUCGCAGUGACCCAGAUUCUUUGCCCUUGACAGAAUACAACCCUUCACUUCCAGACAGUCACCCAGUGUACCACCCCCCUGGCAGCAUCCCGACUCCAGUUCUGAUUGCUCAGAAGAUUGCAGAAACCCAGACUGGAGGAAGCACGGUGCUGAGUGCAUCAUCUCUACUUCGACGGCGAAGCUCUGAAUUUGACAAGUCAACCAGCUCCAAUAAGCAAGGUCCUCCCACCACCACCAAGCCUGCACGCUAUCCUGCUAACAUCAGUGUGAUUCUUGGGAACAGAGAACAGCAGAACUCAUCACUGGCCAACAUUAACAUUGAGGAGAGAAGGGCACAAAUGCUAGCAAACCUCUCUGGGACUACACACCCUUUACUCCAAGAAGAUCUUCAACAAGAUCAGACAGAAACAAACAGCCCAACUCGUAGUAUGUCUUUCAGAGAUCCUACACCUGAAAAAUCUCGCAUGGAGGCAUUGUCAAAAUUAGGACUUGCAAGGAACCGUGCUUCGUCAGGGGGUAUGCCACUUCCUAGCACCCCUCUAGAACCCCUUGUUGGUGGAGGGGCAAGCACUACAAAUGUAGAGAAAAACAAUCUUCCUGAAGCAUCUACCAGCACUAGUAAUCCCCCACAUGUUCUUGCCAGCAGCAAACAUUCAGAAAUUAGUAUUGCUCCAAAUGUAGUACUCCCAACUACCAUCCGGGACCCUGGUACCCCACCAAGUAGUAGACCACAGGAACGUAGUAGACCUGCGGCCGUAUCCACAAACAUCAAGCUCCCUGAAACCAGUCCUAGAUCACCACUUUUGAGCUACAGAAAACCAGAUGCCCCUUUACCAGAUUCUCACAGAGGUUUUGAAACCAAAUACUCUCCACCAGCCUACUCUCAAAACUACUUUCCUCCUCCUCCUCCUCCUGCAACACAAGCGGAAACUUCAGCAGAGUUUAACAGCUAUGGAGGGAAAUCUAUUGUGUUGAACCCCACUGCAUCCUUUAAGAGUGAACUGCCACCCUCUCCUGUAAGCCCUGAACCCAAAAGUCUUUCACCCAUUCUGGCAGCCCCAACUGAGUUCAACUCUUAUGGAGGAAAAUCUAAGGUUAUGACUCCCAUCCCUGUGCCUGCUUCAAGAAGAGACCUCCCAGACAUUCUUAGCUCACACAUAGACAAGAGUCAAACACAACACUCUGAAAAUGCUCCCACAGAAUCAAACAACUAUGGAGGAAAAACACGAAUGUUCAACCCCUCAGGCAGUGCUAAUCGCCCAUCAGAAGGUUCCUCCAGGACUGUCAAACCACCAGCUCCAACUCCAGCACCAAGACCUCCACGGCACUCCUACCACGGGCCCACCGCGGUGCCGAAGCCCCCACAGCGGGCUCUGUCACCUGAUAAUAAGCGACGGACUGGUUCAUUGUUCAGACCACAGGGAAUCACGGUGCAGUUUUCAGGUAAGGGGGCGUCAGAGGAAUCACGGAAAGAGGCGUUGAAGAAACUUGGGCUUUUAAAAGACUGAUUCAUUUGUUUGUUUAUCAUCUACACCUGCCAAACCAGACUCUCUGGUACGAAUCUUCAGAGCAAAAAUGUGUGAGGUGUGGCAGGAAAGAGACCUUCUUUACAGAGGAAUGGAAACUAAUCAGAUGGACUUGCACAGCUUGUUCUGAGACACUGAUACAAUGUCGGAACAGCACACUUUACACAUUCAUCCUACAGUAGACUCUGCAUUUGUACAGAUAAAAAAUGUUAAUGUUAAUCAAAUGCUGCUGUUUUCCCAAGUCUCAUGUAUUUGUAUUUUUAAAUAAUAUUUAUGUUUAUGCCUUUUUUGAUAGGGUAUUUAAAAUAUUUAACCAAGACACUUAAAGUGAACAAUAUGAACAAAUGUAAGAGAAUGGUGGCUGCAAAAUGUUUCUAUAACAUGUUACAAGACAUACUUUUUGUAAAAUUUUGGAUGGGUAUAGUUUUGUUAGUUGCAGUAGUUUACCUUUUCGGGUAUUGGUGAAAAGGGUAUUUUGUUUCAAUGUGACAAAAUGGUAAAAAAGUGUACUUUCUGUAAGGAGCCAAGAAACAUGCUUUGUCAUUUAAAUUUUGAAAAAUAUUUCUAUAUUUCUGUACAAUUCUGUAAUAUUUCUGUAAUUGUGUAAAAUGUACAUUGUGUAAGGCAUAUUUUUUGUGGGAUUUCUAGAUGUGAAUUGUCGAAGCAGGAUAUUUUUACACAUCGACAAACCACAGACUGUGGAAUGGCUAGUUUUUUGGGGUUUUUUACUAUGCAGAGGGAACACUUUAAAGCUACUCGUUUGGGAUGGGCAUUGUACAAAACAGAAGCACUAAAACCACAGUAUCUAGAAAUACUUUGGUGCAUUUCUGCUGGAAUGCUUGUAUUCUAGUUGUACUAGUGUUUUUUGUCAUUGAGUUCUGAGUUGAACCUACUUUUUAAUGAGUGAAUGUUUACUGUGUAUCAUGACUCCGGCUUCUGUAGUUACCUACAGUUAUUUUGAAGUAAAUUUCACAUAGGUGGUGCAGUAUUUUUGCACUUACUGAGUGAAUGGCUUUUUUGUUUACAGACUCUGGGUUUCUGUAGUUUUAUCUACAGGCAUUUUGAAGUAUCUAAUGGUACGUACAUACUAUUGCAUAUGUUUUACUAAAUCUUAAUCUGCAAAGACAUAUAAAUGAUGGGACUGGGACAAAGGGAGAUUGCUGUUGUUUAUUUUCCAUAAGUUUGUACUACAUAAUUUACUAUACAAAUCCACUUAAUGCAAUAUGUAUGUUGAUUUUUGUUAAUUAUUAAACUGAACAAUAC